AUGAACAACAAAAUGAGGCCUAGUUUGGCGGACAUUUUCCGAGGCUGGAUGAUUACAGUACCACCCGCGGACACUGAUGAGAACGCCCCGGUCAUGUCCAACCAGAAAACUGUCCCCAGGAGAAUACAUCCACUUGGGCAUUGCGAACGGGCUUCGCCGGGUUGUGCCGACUCGCCACCACAACCUCAUAUCAUCCAUUUACACAUGAAUGUAGAUGGGAAGAAGCUGCACAUUAACGGUACUACCAUAAUCUGGCCUAUAUUAGUACGUAUUGUGCGGCCUUUGACUAACCCGAUAUUCCUUGUUGGACUUUAUGGAGGAGUUCGUAAGCCCGAGGACGUUUGUACAUACCUACAUGACGUAGCGCAGGAACUUGAAGAGCUCCUGCUUCUGGGAGUUGUCGUUAAUGAGCUGCAUCAUAAGGUCAUGUUAGAUGCAAUUAUUUGUGACAAACCGGCACGCUCCUUCGUCACACGGAUGAGAGGUCACAAUUCCUACUAUGGUUGUGAUAAGUGCUGCAUAAAGGCGCAAUGCUUCCAAACAAAGAUAGCGUUUCCAUAUGGGCAGCAUGUUUUGCGAACUGACAACACUAUCCGUCGGGAUACUCGUAACAGGGAACCGAACCCAGUCACAACACACACAGACUCGCGCACGCACAAGGAGAAGGGAGUCAACCGCUCUCCACCAUACCACAGACAAUCAUGGAACACGUGUAGCAGCCAAGUUGCGGAGAAAACACGUUCCCGCCGUCCGGACUUUUGUCAAGGGACUCCAAUAUACGAUAAGUUGCCCUUUGACCCGCUCCCAUUUUCGCAUUAUUAUAUGCACGCCGUAUGUCUAGGUGUUGUGUGUAGUUUAGUUUCCACUUUCGUAAACGUACGCAUCGGGCCUGCUGGCUUGAACAGGAUAAAUCGCAUGAUUCGAAAUAUACGUGCCACUAUGCCCGUGGAUUUCCCGCGUAAGUGCCGGGAAAUUACACUGUACAAACAGCGGAAAGCGACUGAGUUUCAUCAGCCGUUGUUUUACAUCGGUCCCAUCGUGUUCAGUGGCAUUCUAUCCCAGGAAUGUUAUCAAAAUUUUAUAGAUUUAUUCAUAUCCGUGUAUUGUCGUUCCCAUCGUCAUUAUUCUGUUUCACACCUUGAUUAUUCGCGACAAUUAUUGGUGAUAUUUGUUGACAAGCUCCAGGAACUGUGUGGCUCGCAGGAGAUGGUGUACAAUGUGCAUUGUCUGCUGCACUUACCGGAUGACGGCUCGUCUCACGGGUCUCUGAACAAUUUUUCAGCAUUCCCUUAUGAGUCUUACAUGUUCACACCUAAGCGCCCUGUACAAAGUCCCACAUAUCCUGUUCGGCAGAUUUAUGAACGCCUGCAGGAGUCAGAACCGUAUCUAAAAAUGCCCCGGGCUUAUAGUCUAGUGAAGUUCUAUGAACAGGGCCUAUGUCAGUGUGCAGUCCUCAGUUCUUCAUGGAUUGAGGGCAACUGUGCUGCUUGGCCAAAGGUUCACUCAAAGGACUUUUAUAAGGCCGCUCGCCUUCAUUUGGAGCCGCCAGCUGGAUCAAUGAAGCUAACUUGCGAAGUCAUUCGGACUCAUGUUAGGUGUCACGUUGACUGCAUUAACUUUUCAGAUGACUUCAAAAAGGCACGCGAAUAUGGUAAGUUCGAGUACACAUCGGACCUGGACAUUUCAGAUGUGACGGUUGAGGAGGGGAGGGGUGAAACCAUCCGCGUCGAAAGUAGGACUACCGUGCGUGUUGUCGAGACUUCUUUCAGGAACAUCAGAGAACGAAGCCCCACUCUGUCCAUCGGUCCAUCUCCAAAGAAACCGAGGUUAAUGGUGUCAAACUCUCCGCCUUACCCCAACUUCUCGCAGACAACUCACCGUGCUUUGUUCCACUUGACUCCUGAACGCGAUCCCCAGCACUCCGCAUCCGUUCCGUCAACAUCCAAACAGCCCGCGUAUUUGUUGCCGCAGACGGUACACCGUCUGCCACAUUAUGUCUUAAGCACCUCCCCGGCGAUCUCUAUUUUUCCCGUUUUAUCCCCACAACCUGCCCCUUUUUACCAAACCCCAGGAGUCGCAGCACCGCUCCGGCAGAACGAACAGCUGCUUCGAAAAAUGGACGCAAUGGCAGAAGAUCUUCGAUAUCCGAAGAUCCGCACUGAAAACCCAUUGUUGCAAGUCCAUGUUUCUGCUGGAACUCUGGGCUUCACUUUCCCCCUCCGGAGUUAA